CUUAAUUAGUCGAGGUGGGACUCCUCUCCUAUCCUCAACCGUUGGGUAUAAAAUGACAAUGAUCAUACUCAAGAUAUUUCAAGCCCCUCAAGUUUGUAGUAAAGAGAAGGCCGGGAAGGUAGCUGCUAGCCAUUAUGUCUUUUAAAGGGUUGAGUGAACUUGCAGUAUAUAUAUAUACAUUAGUGGCUAGAGAGAGCUAGCUGUGUGUAUAUAUAUAUCUGUAUCAGUUUUUGUGUCAACGAAGAAGUGGGGAGAGAAAAAUGGGAUGCGAAGAAGAGAUUUUGAUAAUAAGAAGCUAUGAUGGACAAUAUGCAGAUAGAGUUAGAGUGGAAGAUCUAGAGAGAAGAUGUGAGGUAGGCCCAUCUGAAAGAGUUUUUCUCUUCACAGACACUAUGGGAGACCCCAUUUGUAGGAUCAGAAACAGUCCCUUGUACAAGAUGCUGGUGGCGGAAGUUGAUAACCAGUUGGUCGGUGUGAUUCAAGGCUCGAUUAAGGUAGUCACGGUUCAUCAAGCACAGAAAGACCGGGCCAAGGUUGGCUAUGUUUUAGGUCUUCGAGUUGUACCGUCGUUUCGCCGUAGAGGGAUUGGUUGCAGCCUUGUCCUGCGUCUCGAGGAAUGGUUCGUGGCCAAUGAUGUAGGCUAUACUUAUAUGGCAACGGAGAAAGACAAUGAAGCCUCUGUGAAACUAUUCAUCUACAAGCUUGGAUACACUAACUUUAGAGUUCCGGCGAUUUUGGUGAACCCAGUGAAACAUUAUCGAUCCUAUCACCUCCCUUCCAAUAUCCAAAUCUCUCGUCUUAAAGUCGGGGUUGCCGAGUAUCUCUACCGAAAAUUCAUGGCCUCUACCGAGUUUUUCCCCCACGACAUUGAUCAAGUUCUCAGACACAAGCUAAGCCUCGGUACAUGGGUUGCUUACUAUAGAGACGACACCGACGAUGCCGAGGACGCCAAUUUUGAAACAAGUGGCAGCAAAUCAGAAAUGACAAUACCAAAGAGCUGGGCAAUGCUGAGCGUAUGGAAUAGUGGAGAGGUAUUCAAGUUGCGGCUUGGGAAGGCACCAUUGUCAUGCUUGAUAUACACAGAGAGCUCAAAGGUGAUAGACAAGAUCUUCCCAUGCCUAAAUUUACCAUCGAUACCAAAUUUCUACGAACCAUUCGGAUUCUACUUUAUGUACGGGGUUCACUGAGAGGGGGCAAGGACGGGGAAGCUGGUGAGGGCGUUGUGCCAGUACGUGCACAACGUGGCGGCCACAACAAGGGACUGUAAAGCAAUAGUAACAGAGAUUGGAGGAGAAGACUCACUAAGAGAGGAGAUUCCACAUUGGAAAUUGCUAUCAUGCCCUGAAGAUUUAUGGUGCAUAAAGGCAUUGAAGAAAGAAGCAAGAAAUAGCCUUCACGAGUUGACAAAAACCCCACCAACUACAAGACCAGCCCUUUUUGUAGACCCAAGAGAAGUAUGAAGACCAAAAUCAUAUCAGUAUUAAUAAAUCACAAACUAAACAACCAUCCAACAUAUAAAUGAUACUCGAAUCUUGUAUGUACGUACCACCAUACUACAAUUUUCUAACUCCAUGUCGUGUAUGACCUUUUUAGAAUAACUUUUCAAGUGCUUAAAUACACGUUUCCAACACUUAAAUGAUCCUUUUUUAAGCACUCAAAAAGUUAUUUAAACACGUCCUAUAGAUAGGUCUAUAUCCAGAAAAUCCAUGUCCAAUUGGAGUGGUGGGAGCUUUUAUGAUGUAACUUUCACAACAGUGACAAAAAAUCUUAAAAGAUUUCCCCAAUUUGGAGCCA